UGGGCACAGGUGGGUGGCACUGGUGGGCACAGGUGGGUGGGCACAGGUGGGUGGCACUGCUGGGCACAGGUAGGUGGCACUUCUGGGCACAGGUGUGUGAAAUUGCAGAGUGGCACAGGUGGGUGCAUUGCUGGGCACAGGUGGGUGCACUGCUGGGCACAGGUGGGCGGAACUUGCGGGUGGCACUGCUGGGCACCGAUCAUCAGGGCACUGAUCAUCAGUGCCCUGAUGAUCGGUGCCGUUCCCCGCUCUGACAACUGCCGGUUCUCGGCAGUACUUUCCUCACGAUCUGACAGCGUGAGGAAAGUGCAGCCGAGAACCGGCACUUGC